ACAACAUUGGAUGAUGACAGCUUUGCAAAGGUCAAACAGAUCAGCUAAUAAUGGCCUCUCUUGCUAUGCUCUUUCUUUUCUCUCUCUACAGCAUCUCUACUUGUACUGCCACUGAUAGCUGUCAAGAAAUGGCUGCCUCAGGGAAUUGUGCCUUUUAUUCUGAGUGUGUUGAGAAACGUGUGCCCUGUGGCCCCAAUGGUUAUGCAUUAGGAUAUGGAGGAAAAUAUUGCAUUAAAUUUGGUGAAAAUAUUGACUGCUUUCCUGCUAAUGGGCAGCAGUGGAUAAAUAAAGUUCGUAUAUGUCUCGAGACAGCUCUAGUAAACAGUACUGUCUAUCGUAAUAAUGCUACCUGUGAAGAUAUUAAAGAUUAUGCUUUUAAGACACAUCCUCAGUGUUAUUUAGAUGCAGGCUUCUGCUCUGUAAUACUCGAUAGUCCAACAAAUUUGUAUUGCCUGUACAAAGUUUUUGAUGUGAAAGACUUCUUUUCAAAGCUAGCAAUUAAUCAGGUCUAUCAAACCUUAAAGAGCUGUGCAAGUGGAUGAACAAAAUACAAUUAAUGAAUAUUGUUUUAAAUUAGGUGUAAUAAUCAUUAUUCAUGAUUUGUUUGCAAGUUUGUGUACUGUAUUGAUUUCAAAUGAGAGGGUGGGGCUGGAUGCUGCAGCACAGCAAGCACUUGCUAUAGAAAUGAGAUCUAUACUUUUGCUUGCAGCAAGUUUGACUCUUUGGAAAACUGCCUAUGGACAACUAAGCAUUGAUGAUGAAUUUAUGAGCUCACCUACUGUCUCUCCAACUCAAAAUGAGACUGACUUAUUUAGAAUAAAUGGAGUAAUUAUAUUACUGACAGUUGGUAGCUGCACUUUUGCAUUAUUAUGGCUUAUACUGUUCAUGUAUUUUGCUUUACUGUGUUAUGGCUAUCGUAAGAAGAAGAAGCUAGAA